CCCCAACAUGAUCUACUCAUUGUACAUUAUCAACAAGGCAGGCGGUUUAGUCUACCAACGAGAUUUCGCAGAACAGCUUGAAAAGCUCUCCAGUAACGAUUACCUUGUUCUUGCUGGUACUUUUCACGGAGUACACGCCAUUACUUCCAAAAUUUCACCAGUACCAUCAUCUUCUGGCAUAGAAGUACUAGAAGCAGAGACUUUCAAAUUAAUUUGCACGCAAACCUUGACUGGAACCAAAUUCCUCUUGGUCACCGAUCCGCAACAUCAAAAUGUAGAGGUCCUCCAGAAAAAGGUGUAUGACUUGUACAGUAACUUUGUCAUGAAGAAUCCUUUCCACACUCCCGAGAUGCCCAUACGAUCGGAUCAAUUUGAUGCUGGCCUCACAAAGCUUAUUAGUGAAGCUUAGUGGAAUUAUCUCGCACUCCAUAUAAAUAAUACCCUCUUGGUCACUUUUUGUAAUCUAAAAAAAAUAAAUAGUCUCGUGUUUUGAUAUAGAGUACGAACAUGG